AUGGCGUCAUCCAAUGCCGUCGAGGUGCAUCCUGAAGACACUAAACAAGUCAGCAAAAUGCACUUGGAUCUUGAAGACAUCACCAAUGGAGACCGAACCCGUCAGGAUGACGAUCCCAAGAAGACGAAGAUCCGGAAACGACGUGGACCGAGAGCUCAGACAAUCGAGGAAGUGUUUGCAACAUUGAGCAAUGCUCGAUCAUCAGGGUUAAAUCCGCCACCCGAGCGUAUUAUACUCACUCCUCGAUCAGCUGAAGCCUGCUUACGUUGUGGUGUGAAUCCUGAAACUCUCAAGAUCCGAGACUUGGACUCAUUUUACGAUCCAGAAGUCACUGCUGCAGUACAACGUAUGCGUCACGAAGCGUAUUCCCUCAGGAGACACGAGGAGAUGCAGGCUUUGCGAACUGAAAAGCGUAAAUUGUUAGAGGCAGAAGAUCGAGGCGGAGUCAUACCGUCACGUCUUGUUUCCAUCUCCAAAUCUAAGCGAGCACCUCGUAGUGCUAAAAUGUUACCGUCCACCACUUCGAGUUCACCGGGGAUGAAGAAUUCCUCGUCAUUGCUAAAUAUCGAGCGACAAAGACUUGAAAAAGUCCGACAGCGACAAGAGCGCGAACUGGAACAAAUGCUCGAGUUCGAGAUGAAGAUGAAUCGCCUGCAACAAGAGGCGGCCGAGAAGAUGGAGCGCGAAAAGCGACAGCACGAGGCUAUGGAGCGUUCGCGUAUACGCUUUGCACAGGAGAUGGCGGCUGAAAAGCGAGCCCGAGAGAUCAAGAAGAAGGCGCAACUGGAUGCUGAAGAAGAGCGACGCAAGGAGAUGGCGGCUCAAUUAGCUGCUCGCGAUCGCGCUCUGGCCGAAGAAAAGGCUCGACAGGAUAAAUUACGCCGGAUUGAGGCCAGAGAACGAGAGGAAGAGCGGAAGAUUAAGGCGGAAGAGCAUCGUGCACAGACCGAAGCUUUGCUUCGAGCUCAGCAGAUGGAGAUCCAGGCGCGACUUAAAGAGCUGGACUUGGCCGAGAAAGCACGCGAGGAAAUGGUGGAGCAACAGCGAGCCGAACGAGCGAUAGCGAUGGAAGCUCGACGUCGUGAAGUGACGCAACGUAUCCGGAAGAACCUCCGUGCUUCGAAGAAGCUGGAGGCGCAGCGAAAGCGAGAUAUUCAACGUAAACAAGCAGCUAGUGAGGCUGUUCGACGUGCUCAUGAGGAAGAGGAACGACAGUCCCGAGAGCUACAGGCUCAGCAGCAGUUGGCGUUGGAGAAGAAGCGUCAGUUAGUGCUGGAGGAGACCCGACGAGAAGAAGAUCGGAAGAAAGAAGAGCUUCUCGAACGUCAACGAGAGAUUGACCGCAAUGUACAACAAGUCCAGAAGAGCCAAGAAGAACAACGAGCUUUGCGUACUGAGUACCGGAAGCUACAAGCUCAGCUCAAGUUGGACAAAGUGGAGCGGAUGAAGCGAGUGCAAGAGUAUCAACGACUAGAGAUGCUGCGGAAACUUCAAGACACUGAAGCCCGUACGCAGCACAUGCUGAAUGAGAAGGAGUCGCUUGUUAAUCGACGUAAACAGCUCGCGAUUAAGACCAAGAUCCAACGUGAUCUCAUCAUGCGGACGAUGGAGAAUGUCAAGAUCACCAAGAAGUGGCACCAAGCCUCCAAGACGAUCGAGAAGGUGCUUAAUGGUGGGAAUACCAAUCGCUCUGUUGGUUCACGUUCACCUACGCUAUCGCCAGUCAAGUCUACAGGAAAAGAGCGUCCGAAAUCGAGCUCCGGUAUCGUUGUGAGGCAGACAUCACUGCCAACUCUCAGGAGUCCCACGACUCCUGUUACUUCUGGUAAUGCGACGCAAGAUCAUCAGCAGUCAAAAGUGUUCCGUCCUCCGUCACCACCUCCUACACGAACAGCAUUCAAGUUCACGAAGGAGGCACAAGAAACACCGAACGCUGCAACAGGGAGCGGUACUACUGCUGAGCCCUACUUCUCUCCUUACGAUGCAGUUCCUGACACUACCGGUAGUCUAUCAAAGAAGAGUAAGUCUGCUGUGCUUUAA